UAGAAAUGGCAAAUGCUGGUGGUAAAGGAAAAAGGGUCCAGCCAGUCUGGUCCCCACCUGAGGGAACAGAAGUUCCUGCACUUCGACUCUACAAUAGUCUUACUCGAAGCAAGGAAAUUUUUGUCCCUCAAAAUGGCAAACGGGUUCUCUGGUACUGCUGCGGCCCGACCGUUUACGACGCCUCACACAUGGGGCAUGCCAGAUCCUACAUCUCCUUUGACAUUCUCCGAAGAAUUCUGAAGGACUACUUCAAAUACGACGUCUUCUAUUGCAUGAACAUCACAGACAUUGAUGAUAAGAUCAUUAAAAGAGCCAGGCAGAACUACCUGCUGGAUCAGUACAAAGAGAAGAAGCCGGAAGCUUCGAAGAUACUGCAGGAUGUCCUGACCGCACGAGAGCCCUUCAAGGCCAAGCUGGCUGAGACUACGGACCCUGACAAGAAACAGAUGAUGGAGCGUCUGGAUGCAGCCGUGAACAAUGCCCUGACUCCCCUGCAGGGGGCGAUGAAGAGCGGAACACAAGAUGCAGCAGUUCAGAGUCUGGCUCAUACCUUGUUGGAGGAGGCCAAGGACCUGUUGUCUGAUUGGCUGGAUUCUCAAUUUGGUAGCCAGGUGACUGAGAACUCCAUCUUCUCUCUUUUACCAAAAUACUGGGAAGGAGAAUACCACAAGGACAUGGAAGCCCUUAAUGUCCUUCCGGCCGAUGUCCUCACACGGGUCAGUGAAUACGUGCCCGAGAUUGUGGAUUUUGUGAAAAAGAUUGUGGACAAUGGCUAUGGUUAUGAAUCAAAUGGCUCGGUGUAUUUUAACACUGCCAAGUUUGAUGCCAGUCCUUCACAUUCCUACGCCAAACUGGUGCCAGAGGCAGUUGGAGACCAGAAGGCUCUUCAGGAAGGAGAGGGAGACCUGAGCAUCUCUGCAGACAGGCUGAGCGAGAAGCUCUCCCCUAAUGACUUUGCCCUGUGGAAAGCCUCCAAACCUGGGGAACCUUCCUGGGAUUCUCCCUGGGGAAAGGGGCGUCCUGGUUGGCAUAUUGAAUGCUCUGCAAUGGCUGGGUCCUUACUGGGAGAGUCCAUGGACAUCCAUGGGGGCGGAUUUGACUUGCGGUUCCCUCACCAUGACAACGAGUUGGCCCAGUCUGAGGCCUUCUUUGAGAAUGACCACUGGGUUCGCUACUUUUUGCACACCGGCCAUCUCACCAUUGCCGGAUGUAAAAUGUCCAAAUCUCUGAAAAACUUCAUCACCAUCAAAGACGCUCUGGAGCAACACACAGCGCGGCAGCUGCGUCUGGCUUUCCUCAUGCACUCUUGGAAAGACACCCUAGACUACUCCAGUAACACCAUGGAAUCCGCCAUCCAGUAUGAGAAAGUCAUGAACGAGUUCUUCCUCAAUGUCAAAGACAUCCUCCGAGUUCCCACUGACAUUACAGGACAGUUUGAAAAAUGGGAAGCAGAGGAGAUUGAACUAAAUAAGAGUUUCUAUGACAGGAAGGCUGCGGUGCACGCGGCCUUGUGUGAUAACAUUGACACUCGAACUGUGAUGGAAGAAAUGAGGGCCCUGGUUAGUCAGAGCAACAGUUACAUGGCUGUCAGAAAGAGCGCCAAGCUCCUGCCCAAUCGCAUGCUUCUCCAGAGCAUCGCCGUCUACCUCACUGACAUGCUUAAGAUGUUUGGAGCCAUUGAGGGCGCAGAGGCCAUUGGAUUCCCUGUCGGAGGAAGCGGACAAAAUGCUGAUUUGGAAAGCACAGUUAUCCCCUACUUGAAGGUGCUCUCAGACUUCAGAGAGGGAGUCAGAAAGGUUGCACGGGAACAAAAAAUCAUGGAGAUCCUUCAGAUGUGUGACGCGGUGAGAGACGAUAUAUUACCCGAGCUGGGCGUACGUCUGGAAGACCACGAAGGACUCCCCACUGUGGUCAAGUUGGUGGACAGAGAUGUGCUUCUAAAGGAGAGAGAAGAGAAGAAAAGGAUGGAGGAAGAAAAGAAAAAGAAGAAGGAAGAAGCCGCAAGAAAGAGACAAGAGCAAGAGAUGGCGAAACUGGCUAAGAUGAAAGUACCACCAAGCGAGAUGUUCCGCUCAGAAACAGACAAGUACUCCAGCUUUGAUGAAACGGGUUUCCCCACACACGAUGCUGAAGGCAAAGAGCUGAGUAAAGGACAGAUCAAAAAGCUUCGUAAACUGUACGAAGCUCAGGAGAAGCUGCAUAAUGACUACCUCCAAAUGAGUCAGAACGGAAGCUGAGGACGCUGGGACACUGAGUUCAUCAGGACCCAUGAUCCGCCCAUAGUGUCUGCUGUCCUUGUUUUGUCGUUCUUGUAAAACAUAAGGCACCAAGAUGUAUAGCUUAAUUUGGGGGUUCUUAGGCUGAGUAGAAAGGAUAUGAUAUUUCCCAGGUGUAUGUAUAAACACUGCUUUACAGGCAACUGUUCAUUCAUUCUAAUGAGAUACUUAAUACUUAAACGCUGUACUGCUACAUAAUGCAAAAAGAAGAAUAAUAAUGACAUUGUCUAAGUUUUUAUAGUGCAGUGAAUACCAUUUUAAAGAAGUUAUCUGACAAGGGAAUUUCUUGGUCUCUCAAACCAGCAGAAUGACUGUACAUUAUCUGUAAAGCUUUGUUCAUUAAGAAUUGUUAAUAUAAUAACCCUUAUUGGGUUAUUACUGGUUUAUGACUAAAUUUUGAUAGAAUCUAUUUGAAAUUAAAGGAUCAUGAAAAGGGGGAGUGUGCAGCUUGGACACUUUUCAAAAUACUUAUGAUUCAGACUCCGGAAAUCUGACAGGAUUGACAGUGACAGUUUAUCACAGUGUUGUGACAAACAUAGUGAAUUAUGAAAUGUUUAAAGAGCCAAGUGGUCCAAUACAAUGUGCAGGUUUUCUGCAGCGCUAGAACUGAGGUUAGCACAAGAAUGAUCAGUAUGACCUCAUUGUCAUCAAGUGUACUGUUCACAAGUAAAUUGAAAAUCUCAGUCAUUUGGAGUAAACAAA